AUGGAUAAAGGCGAGGGCUUGUCCGAAAUAUUCGAGGAAUCUUACGACGAUAUUUUCAGCAUUCUCGAAGCACUUGAGGACGGUUCGGAUUGUAACAACAACUCUACAAUGGGCAACGAGAGCUUCGAGUUUCAAAAAUCCGUUUAUAAUAACGGUUCGCCGUUGAGCGGUUUUUUGGAGUCGGAGGCCGAAAUCGAAUUAGCUCCUUCGUCGCCCGGUCGAAAGAGACAAAAGCUCGGUAAUGUGGGCCAGCCUUUAGGUUCGAACGCGGAAGAAGGGCAGCAGCCGAGAGUGUCCCAUAUCACGGUCGAGAGAAAUCGGAGGAAGCAAAUGAACGAGCAUCUAUCCGUGCUUCGUUCUUUGAUGCCGUGCUUUUAUGUCAAGAGAGGCGACCAAGCCUCGAUUAUUGGCGGUGUAAUCGACUACAUAAACGAGUUGCAACAAGUUCAUCAAUCUCUUGAGGCCAAAAGGCAAAGGAAAGCCUAUGUAGACGUCUUCAGCCCGAGGCCCGUCAUAAGCCCGAGGAAGCCCCCAUUGAGCCCGAGGAUGGGCCUGCCCUUAAGCCCGAGGACCCCUCAGCCGAGCAGCCCGUACAAGGCCCGGCUGCACAAUCUGCAGCCCACGGGCUUCUCAAGCCCGGUCGAGCUCUCGCCUUGCAACUCCUCGACUUCUUCCAUUAAUGACAGCGUGAACGAGCUCGUGGCCAGCUCGAAAUCGGCUGUGGCUGAGGUCGAGGUGAAAUUCUGCGGCCCGAACCUGCUGCUCAAGACGGUUUCGGGCCGGGCACCGGGCCGGGUUGUGAAGGUAGUUUCCACUCUUGAGGAGCUCGGGCUUGAAAUACUGAAAGUGAAUAUCAACAUGGUUGAGGAGAAAAUGCUGAAUUCGUUUACUAUAAAGGUUGGGAUUGAGUGCCAGCUCAGCGCAGAAGAAUUGGCCCAGAAGAUUCAGCACAUAUUCCAGCCUAAUUAA